CUAGGUCAUCUAAAUCCUAUUUGCAUAUUAAUCGAAAUAUUUGAAGUUACUAUUUGACCGGUAUACUAUUUGUUCGGUAGAAAUGGCAAAUUCUCUGUAUGUCACCAUUAUUAUUGUAGUUUUGUGUGUAAACAAUGUUUAUUCAAAGUUGAAGCCUAUACCUGAUUACUUACACAUUUGUCGCCGCUCAAAUCCGGACAUUCCAAAAUGUAUUAUAGAAUCAGCAUAUUUUUUAAGAACUAAGCUCGCGGAAGGAAUUCCCGAAUUUGACGUUGCCCCUAUGGACCCAAUGUUGAUUAAUACACUUAUUCCAACGAAUGGGAACGGGUUGAAAAUAGAAACCACCAAUUUAUUAGUCACCGGAACCAGUAAUUUCACUAUUACUCAUCUUAUAGCUGACAUAGACAAACAGGAGUAUAAAUUCCAAGUGAGAUUCCCUCACAUGCAUAUAUUGGGUAAUUACAGCAUCGAUGGCAAAAUCGCAAGGUUGAUCAUCAAAGGUCAAGGAGAUUUCGAUUUGGACAUAUAUGGGGUGAAAUGCAACGUAUCGCUACUGGGAAACAUAAUCGAUAUCGACGGUUUGAAUUAUAUACGUUUCCACCAUAUAUCGCUUAGAAUUGCAAUAAACAGAGGCAGUAUAGAACUAAGAAAUUUAUUUGGUGGUGAUAAAAACUUAGGUAAGUUUAUUGAUUUGAUUUUAAAAUAA